UUAGCCUCUGGUGUAGUACAUUUUCCAGUGCAUUUUCAUCGGUUUUUAAAGGAACACACUUUGAUUCAUUGUUAUAUUCAAACUGCGAACCAGACACUUUUUUUUUAUGAGUCUGGAGAAAUGUAGGCUUAGAGAAAUUCUCUCACCGUCAUGUGUUAUGGAUGAAUGCUUAUUUUAAAUCUAUAUUAUAGCCUCAUCUAAAUUUUUUACCAACACUGAAGUAAAACUGAAGUUGCCAUUGGGAUGUUGUGGUUGUGGUAGUUCAUAGGUUCUUUAAGAAUCAAUUAGAUUGUUUACAAAUAGCAGCCUAUUGUACAUGAAAUAGCCUAGGCUAGACAGACAAAAAUAUUCGGAGCCGUCACAAUUUAGGUGAACGUGAUUAACUGGACUUUGUCUUCUCAGUUCGUCCACAGAGAGCAGGGGACCUUGUUAGUGAUGUGAUCAAAAGCGGUGUAAGAAGUUAGGGGAUGUAGCUUCCAAACUAUGGUCCUCGACAAAAAGAAAGGAAAAGUGUUUUGCAGAAGCAAUGCUGCUAUCUCUCAAGAUAUAAUUGAAUUCUAUAAAGGUCCACGACUCGGAAGACAGGUUUUUUUUGUAUUUUUUUUGAGUGGGACGGAAGCAGGCCUGUCCCUGAAGCUGUUCGUCUGUCAACGCCGGGGUAGCAGCCACAUUGAAUGAGCUUUCAGUCAAACAAGGGCCAGAUGGACAGGUCAUAACAAGACAUUACUUAAGAGGUGCAAAUUGAUUUCGUAAUGACAAGUUCCUGUGCAGAAGAUGUCCACAGUGUCUGCGACUGAUAUCACAGAUGUUGGACAUGGUGAGGUGUUCCACAGGGGGCCAGAGCUGCAGCUGGACUGCCUCAGAAGUGGUGACGACCACAGAAGUACAGAAAUGAAGCAUGAGGGCAACCUCCUCCCCCUGGAAUCACCCCACCAGGCAGGGUUUAGCAGCCCACCCCAGAACGUGUCUUCCUCCCUGGCUGAGAUGAGCAGCCCGCUGCCGAUGGAGCCGAUUGAUAUCAAGGCAGACCCCGCUGGCGACAUGCCUGCCAACCCAGAGGGCCAGCCGGUGAAGAGGAAAAAGGGUCCUGCCCCCAAGAUGCUGGGGAAUGAGGUGUGCAGUGUAUGUGGGGACAAGGCUUCUGGCUUCCACUACAAUGUGCUUAGCUGUGAGGGCUGCAAGGGCUUCUUCCGUCGCAGUGUAAUCAAGAGCGCCCAGUACUCUUGCAAGAACAAUGGUCGCUGUGAGAUGGACAUGUACAUGCGUCGCAAGUGCCAGCAAUGUCGUCUGCGUAAAUGCCGUGAGGCAGGCAUGCUGGAGCAAUGUGUUCUCUCGGAGGAGCAGAUCAGAGUAAAGAAGCUGAAGAAGAACGAAGAAGAGACUGCGCGCACGUCUUCAGUGGUGACACCCACUCUGCCGGAGGCGGUCCCACUGGCACCUGAGCAGCUGGAGAUGAUCGAGAAGCUGGUGGCCAUGCAGAAGCAGUGCAACAAACGCUCAUUCAUUGACAGGCCCAAAGUCACGCCUUGGCCUCAGAGUCAGGACCCCCAGAACAGGGAAGUGCGGCAGCAGCGCUUUGCCCACUUCACUGAGCUGGCCAUCAUGUCGGUCCAGGAGAUAGUGGACUUUGCAAAGCAGCUUCCUGGUUUCCUGGAGCUCACCAGAGAAGACCAGAUCGCCCUUCUGAAAACCUCAACCAUUGAGAUCAUGCUGUUGGAGACAUCACGGAGAUAUAACCCUGCCAUUGAGAGCAUCACGUUUCUAAAGGACUUCAGUUAUAACAAGGAGGAUUUUGCCAAAGCAGGGUUACAAUUGGAGUUUAUCAAUCCCAUCUUUGAUUUUUCCAAGGGCAUGAACGACCUGCACCUCGACGAGGCGGAGUACGCCCUGCUCAUUGCCAUCAACAUAUUCUCUGCAGGUCAGAGGUCAAGUGACCGGCCCAAUGUGCAGGAUCAUGACCUGGUGGAGCGGCUGCAACAGCCAUAUGUAGAUGCCCUCCGUGCUUACAUCAUGAUAAAGAGACCAAAUGAUCACCUGAUGUUUCCACGCAUGCUUAUGAAGCUGGUUAGCCUUCGUACCCUCAGCAGUGUCCACUCUGAACAGGUCUUUGCCCUACGCCUCCAAGACAAGAAGCUCCCGCCGCUGCUCUCUGAAAUCUGGGAUGUCCAUGAGUGACUUCCCAGACUCCAACGUGGAACUCAGCCGCGCUUUGCAAACCUACAUACUGGGAUGGACAGAAACAUUUGGGUCUGUCUUUCGAGUGUUCAAGAAAAGACUGAAAAUGAAGCAAUGUCUUCUAGGCUACCCAAACGUCAACCUACAGAUCGGUUGUGGGACGGAAUACGUUGCCAGAUUGGAGGACAUUUUUUUUCCUAUAUAUUCUGUGUGGUUAGGCAGAAUAGUUAAGGCCCUGCAGACUGGGUCACUAAAUUAAUGGGAUAGAUUUGGACGUAGAAUGAAUAGAAUUUGCUCAAACUGUGGGUUGAGGAGAGUGCACACCUGGUUCCUCUCCCAUGCAUGUCUGGUUGUAUUGAAGGUAAGACAGGCUUGUGGUGAGAUUGUGCCACCAAGGUCAAAGUUCAGCUCUGACUUCAUAGUCAGUUUUAACCAGUAUAUCUAGUCAUAUCUGUUCAAGCUAUAAAGACAAUUGUUAUGAAACUUUGAGAAGAUCUUAGCAAUUGUCUGACCCCCCCUUUCAGAACUACAUUCUUUUGACGAUAACCCCAUAGUGAAAGUAAAGUGAAAAGCCAUUGUAAAACCCUUUGAUGGGAUUGGAUACAGAAAGGUAUGCUAACGGCUGCUGCUCAGUGUUGGUAUGCACUGUCUAGAUAUCCUAUAUGUAUGUUAAAAUGGAAAGUCACCUGCUUGAUGUUGUUGCAAUAGAGCUGUUAACGGUUUGACAGUAAGCCAUCAGAUUGGUUCUCUUGGGGAAGGAACAUAUUCUGAAUGGUUUAGAAUUGUGUGGUGGUGAUGAUGAUUGGGAGUGUUGGUAUACAGAUGUGUAGUCUAAAGCUUUCAAGCCCAGGGGCAUCCUACAACAAUUAAAAGCGCUCAGACAUGACUGUUAUUUACAUGUACGAAGUACAGGUAUCAGGUAGCCUAGUGGUUAGAGUGGUGGCCCAGUAAUCAACAAGUCGCUGGUUUGAGCCCCCCACCCGAAAAGGCAAAAGAUCUGUCGCUGUGCCCUUGAGCAAGCCAGUUAACCUUUAUUGCUCCUGUAAGUAUGUGAUGGGAGCAUCUAAAUAACUAAAAUGUAAAUUAUCUGCACUUAGUAAGCUCACAAGACAUCAUUUUAAGUGCUCGACACUCACUAACGCACAAGCAAGCAGGGAUUUUUCUAGCAUCACUGGAUAUGUGGCAGACAAGCUGAGCCCUUAUACACUGGAGCUACUUCAGUUCUACACCAGGGAGUAGAAGCCUAUUUAUUUCCAAAACCUAAAGAGGCUUUAAGCAGGUUAUUAAACAAGUUUAUUCAAACACUGAUAUUCUAUGACCCUACGGUUAUCUGUGAAUUGAAAUGUUUCCGCUUGAGUUAGUUGAUCAGCCAUCUGCAAAGCAUUCCUAGGGAGAUUUGCAUUCCUUAAAAUAGAUUAAUGCUCUUGUGUAAUGGUCUAGUCAUAUGUACAGCCCACCCCCCUCCAAAAAUGGCAUGAUUACAGUUAUGGCAAAAUAAGUUAAAUUGUGUGAGCAUUGUAGUAUAUCAUUUUUUGAUUAUCAACAUUUCUGGAUAACCAUUAUAACUUUCAUGAAUAAGCCUUUAUAAAUCCUUGUAAAUGUUUAUAAAUGUUUAUGAUUGUCAUAAUGACAAAAUAAUCUAAAAAGAGUAUGUACACUAUUUGUACAUUGUUUAUCAGUGCUUAUUCAGGAAAAUUAUAGUAGUUAUUCAUUUCUGAUCAGUAAUAUGGCCAUUCAUUGUGUUUUCAACCACUUCGACUGGAACGUAGACCCCUUGUAUGAUGAUGACUUAAUUUGAGACUAAUUAGAGAUGAGCUUUUUCUUUAAGCAAAUGUUUUCACCAAUUUAUGUCAGCUUCUUACCCAAAUUGAAUGUAAAUCUGUGUGGAAUAUAGAGGGGAAGAUUAACUCUUAAAUAAAAACUAGAGGAUUAUGUUAUUACAGAUGCACAAUAAGGCAAUGUAGCACAGAAAUGAAUGAGCAAUACAGAACAAUUACCGAAGGGAGUUUUCACGAUAAGAAAAGCAAUGCAAUUAAUUAACAUAGUGUAAUGUGUACUAUAUCAACCAUUUCCUCAUUAUGGCUAUUAUGGUAAUUCUACACUAGUCAAAGUUUUUUCUCUCUCCUGUCUGGCCAUGUAAUCUAUUUUCAGUUGCUUAUGAGACCCAAAUGGUGGUGUUUGGGAAAUGUGUAUUGCUCGCUAUUUGGCUUCCAGUACAAAUUGAAGGUUUUAAACACAUUCUUGGGUUUACUAUGGAUGUUGACCAUCAAUGGCAUGGAUGCAGGUGAAAUGCGUCAGCCACACAAUUCUGCCUCAAAAAAACUAAAAUGCACAGGGUAGACUUAAAGAUGCACUGUGGAGCUUAUGUAUUAUUUUGGCGAGUGGUGUUUAAAGUGGUACUUUUGAGCCAAAACGGGUCCCUGUGUUUUUGUGUGUGUGUACUACUUAAUCCAAUUGUAUACCAUGUCAUCAAUAUAUCAUAAGAUAUGUAAUGACCUACAAGAAAAUGACAAGAUAAUCAAAUUUGUAAUGUAAUACAAAUUUGGUGUGCUUAAGAUCCCAUAGUGCAUCUUUAAAGUUUAAACAUUGGAAAAAAUUCCAUAUAAUCACAAAUUUUCUUUUUUUCCCUUCAACGCGUACCAGAGAAUGAAUGUUGUCUGCAUUGAAAUUACAUUAUUUCAGUAUUUUUGUUUUUACAAUGAAUGGAAAACUAAACAUUAACACAAGUUAUGCGAUUAAUAGUAUGGGUCUUGGGACUAUUUCAUGUUUUUAUUUGUUUGGAAUACACCAAUAUUCCUUGAAAUUGCUGUUAACAUGUAACUCAAUUGUAAUUGAAUUCCUGACAUUCUGGUGGGCCGAAAUAAUUUCACUCUACAUCUCAGUGUGAAGCUGUAAACAAUGUUGAUAUAGAACUUAUUUUAAUAUUUUAACACCUUAUGACCUUGUAUAUUCUGCUUCAUGUAUAAAUUAAACCAGUCAAACUAUUGUAGCCUAUCGCCAGAUUAUAUAUUUGUGUCCAAACAAAGAAAAAGCCACUAAUUUUCCAGAUGUUCUAUUAUUAUUACAAUUUCAAGUGAUUUGAGUUCAGUUUAUUCAAUAUCAAUAAAUUGUGUAAUUGCUCUCCUA